AUGUUUGCAGACACACGGACGCUGAAGAACCCGGGACCUGCUGGACCUGCUGGACCUGCUGGACCUGCUGGACCGACCAAAGAGAACAGAGCGCCCGCAGGAAGACAGCCUCCUGCAGCCGAGCGGAGCCCAGACAGGAAGCUCUCGGCCGGGGCACCGAGCGACCGGCAGCCUGGUCACGACCUUCUGACGUCACGCUUUGCUGCAGGAGGUCGAGGAGUCGUGCUCGCCGCUCUGAAACAACGCUCUCACAGCGCCCCCCACAGGAGGGAGGUCAGAGUGCAGCUGUUGGACCCGGGGCCGCUCCGGACCAGCUCUCAGGAUGCUUCAGGUCCCACUCCCAGCUCCCAGGAUGCACUGGGUGUGACGGAUGUCCAGACGCAGGUGGGGUCGUCCUCUGGUUGCCCUGGAGACGCCACCAACGCCGCAGCAGCUGCUGCAGCUGCAGCUGUAACCGCUGCUGCUCCUCUCAUCAAGGUAUAUCUGGAACAGGAGUUACUGCAGUACUGACAGGGUACUGACAGG